AUGCAACCAAAGCUUGCCUAUGUUGGAUGGACUAAGAGUGGGGUCAUCAGAGACCUUCUCACUGCCCUUCUUGGAGUGUCUACCACUUGUUCGCAUUUCCCCAAGGAGGGACCAAAGGCCACUGGCCCUUCACCCACAAUUUUAUCCGUAAUGGCAACUGGGAAUUCGUCCAGCGUUGUAGUGUUCACUCUAUCUGGAUUAGAAGGUCAGACAAAGGAAAACAAAUAUCUUCUUUUCUCUUUUACGCUGCUCUACUAUUUUCUCAUUGUUUUUACCAAUUUGACUCUGACUGUCACCAUCCUGCGAGAGAGAACCCUCCAUGAGCCCAUGUACUUCUUCUUAUGUAAUCUGUGUAUUAAUGGACUGUAUGGAACUGCAGGUUUCUACCCGAAAUUCCUCUCUGAUUUACUCUCUGACCAUCAUGUAAUCUCAUAUGCAGGAUGCCUUCUGCAAGUAUUUGUGAUCUACUCCUCUCUUCCAAGUGAUUAUUCAAUAUUAGCAGUCAUGGCAUUUGAUAGAUAUUUGGCAAUAUGCAGGCCAUUGGAAUAUCAUUCUAUUAUGACAAGCCAGACUGUUGUUAAAUUAGUUAUAUUUUCAUGGAUUCCUCCUUUUCUAUGUUUGACUGUUGCAAUUUUAUUGACUCAUAGACUGACAUUAUGUGGGUCACACAUUGACAAACUCUACUGUGAUAACUGGUCCAUUGUUAAGCUUUCUUGUUUUUCAACCAUGGUGAAUAAUGUUGUUGGUAUUGUAAUAAUGCUUGUGUAUUUCAGCAUUGUGUUUCUUAUUUUCUUGUCUUAUGUCAAACUGAUCAGAACAUGUUUGAGGUCCCGAGAAGCCAGGCGCAAAUUUAUGCAGACAUGUUUUCCACAUUUACUUACAUUGAUGAAUGUGCAUGUUGCUAUGCUUUUUGAUGUGAUGUACAGCCGAUAUGGAUCAUUUUAUUUUCAACAGAAUCUACGAAAUUUCCUGGCAUUGGAAUAUAUGAUUAUUCCCCCACUCUUCAAUCCCCUUAUUUAUGGAAUACAGCUGACUAAAAUUCGUAAUGCAGUGUUGGGAAAUAUUAAGAAACACAACAGUAUCAAUGUUUAA